GUCUGGUGUGGAUGCUCCGCCAAAAGUAACAAACGAUCAAGUUGCCACUCGGACCCUUUUGGCCGCAGCACAGCGUUUCGGGGCGGAAACGGAGGACAAGCAGCCACUAUGGCGGAGACGCACAGCUUGCAGGAUCUGAGGCAGCAGGCCACCGUCGCCUCCAAAGUGUUUGUCCAGCGUGACUACACGUCAGGAACCAUCUGCAGAUUUCAAACCAAAUUCCCCACUGAGCUCGAGACCAGGAUUGAUAAGCAGCAGUUUGAGGAGACGAUCCAGGCACUGAAUAAUCUGUACGCCGAGGCCGAGAAGCUGGGAGGGAAGUCGUAUUUAGAGGGCUGCCUCGCUUGCCUUACUGCCUACACCAUCUUCCUCUGCAUGGAAACGCACUACGAAAAAGUGCUGAAAAAGAUUGCCAAGUACAUCCAGGAGCAGAACGAGAAGAUCUACGCUCCUCUGGGGCUGCUACUCACCGACCCCAUCGAGAGAGGACUCCGAGUCGUGGAGAUCACCAUAUUUGAGGACAGAAGCAUCGGCUCAAGAUAAAACACACCAAAGCAGUGCUCAUUGCACACAUGAAGCUCUGUCCUGCAGUACUCUCCUCCAGCUGCUCCACAUCGCCUCCUCUCUGAACGCAGACGCUACAUCGUACUCCUUCAUUUUAUUGGGUUCUCCUUCCUCCAUUCCUGUUAGGAGAGCGAAACCUGAUGAGCCUUUCCUUUAGAAUGCCAGGCUUGCUUCAUUUAUAAGCCGUUCCUGUGUUUUGUUUUGUUUUUAUUUGUAUGCAUUGUCUUAAUUACUGGAAAGAAUUUUAAAAGUGACACGUUUUCUAUUGAUCGCCUUUUGAAACGGUUUCUUUUUUCCAAUUUUCUUUUUUUUUUUUUGUUUUUUACACUGUUGUUUGUAUAUAUGUAUACGUGUGAUGAGUGAGGGGACAGCUAAAGUGUACAGUGUUGAUUCUCCACACGGUGGCAGUGUUCAGUAAAACAACCAGUAAUGCCAAACUUUAUAAACCGCCAUCGAGCCGUGUUUCUAUUAUGAUCGUUUUAUUGCGAUAUUACAAUAUAAUAACCGUCUAGUUACGAUCCCGUGUUACUCACAGUGACAAAGAUGCAGAGUGACAAGAGUCUGGCCUUCAUCGAGGGGAGGAGCUUGGGUUUAAUUUGCUCAGCCAAUCACAAGGGAGACCAUGUGACUACCUUGGAUAAUGGCUGAAUUUAUUGGCUCAAGCCAGCCACCUAAAUGCAUCCUGAUCUCCCUUUAUCUAGUGAACUAAUCCAGCUAAAAUUACUGCGAAUUCUUGAGCGCAUACUCUUAUGUUCACAAGCACAAGUGGUUCAUGAUUGGCUGAAUACAUCGAUCCGGUUGACACUUGUUACUUUGCGGAACCAGGACAUCCGUUCAGUCAUGUUUUUUAAAUCUAUAUAAAAUAUUACGGACGCGUAGAAAAUGACUCCGUAUACUGCCUUGCGAAGAGGACAAUUUAUCUCCACAUAUUUAGUCGACAUGCGUGUUAAAUGCAUUAUACCUAAUUACUGGCUCAUCCCCAACCUGUAGAUAUAAUGUACAUUUUAAUUUAAAUCCCGUCGAUGACUAUGGUGAAUCCAUUCCAUCCACAUGCAGUGAUUUUUUGCUUUGACCCAAGAAAACACUAACACACACACACACACACAGAGCAAUCCUGGUCUUCUAUUAAAACCCGUGGCCUGUUCGUUCCCGAAACUGACGCCGUAAAUCCCUCGAGGCAAAAACUCGCCGUGUUGAUUGGAUUCAUGAGCACAGCUGCCAUUUGUAUCUUUUGUUGUACCAUAAGAAACAGUUGUCAAAGGUCUCUGCACACCAUUAUUUAACUUGUGUAUGGUAAUAAAAUAUGUAACUUCA